ACACAAAUAUCAUCUCCAGCCAGUCAUUUCAGGUGAGGAUCACUGAAUAUCAGAUUAUUUCAGAGAAAUACAACAGAAUGACCAAACUGACAAUGGCUCCUUCUCUUCAUAAAGGUUUUCUAAGAGCACAGGCUAUCAUCUCUGUUAUGCUGUAUCUCUUGGCCUCUGUAACUGUCACACAAGCGACAACCUCCAUUGCUAAUCUGUCAGACCCCUGCUACAACUACACGGUGCUGAACGAUACAUGGAGAUCCGUCAGUAAUACAUAUGCUUCAUUCGGAAACUGUGACCAGUCUGUCUCCUGGAGUGGCUGGUAUCGUCUCUUCAUUAACAGCAUGAGCGCUCAUAUCCCAGACACGUGUGUUGCUCAGCACGGUUGUGGCACUUCUGUCUCACUGUGGAUCCGUGGUGGACACCCAACAGUAACAGAUGGAGUCGUCACUCGAGAUGUCUGCGGUUACGGGAACAAUUACUGCUGCUUUACCGGAUCUUUUCCCAUUAAAGUCAAAGCCUGUCCAGGAGAUUAUUAUGUCUAUGAGCUGGUCAGACCAACUCGCUGUAAUUCAUCAUACUGUGCAGACACUGGCAGCAUUAACACCAGCUCUACAACUGUCUCACCAGUGACCAUCUCAACUGCUUAUCCCUCUGUUGACCCCUGCUACAACUACACUGUGCUGAACGAUACAUGGAGAUCCGUCAGUAAUACAUAUGCUUCAGUCAGCAACUGUGACCAGUCUGUCUCCUGGAGCGGCUGGUAUCGUCUCUUCAUUAACGGCAUGAGCGCUCAUAUCCCAGACACGUGUGUUGCUCAGUUCGGCUGUGGCACUUUUUACGCACUGUGGAUCCGUGGUGGACACCCAACAGUAACAGAUGGAGUCGUCACUCGAGAUGUCUGCGGUUACGGGAACAAUUACUGCUGCUUUACCGGAUCUUUUCCCAUUAAAGUCAAAGCCUGUCCAGGAGAUUAUUAUGUCUAUGAGCUGGUCAGUCCAACUCUCUGUAAUUCAGCAUACUGUGCAGACACUGGCAGCAUUAACACCAGCUCUACAACUGUGACACCAGAGACCAUCUCAACUGCUGUUACUAAAAUCAGCAUCACGGAUACGACAAUCCCACCAAAGGCGACCUCAGCUGUUUCUUUACUGCCGGUCACUUCCACACCAUCUACCAGUUCUACUUCCACAGAUCAUUUACUGUCAGUCACAUCCUCUAUAUCUACCAGUCCCACUACUGAAGUUUCUUUACAGCCGGACACUUCCACAACAUCUACCAGUUCAAAAUCUACAGUUUCUUCACAGCCGGUCACUUCUACAACAUCUACCAGUUCCACUACUUCAGUUUCUUCACAGCCGGUCACUUCUACAACAUCUACCAGUUUCACUACUUCAGUUUCUCUACAGCCGGUCAAUUUCACAACAUCUACAGUUUAUGUAACGCCGGUCACUUCCACAACUUCUACAAAUUCUAUAUCUACAGUUUCUUCACAGCCGGUCACUUCUACAACAUCUACCAGUUUCACUACUUCAGUUUCUUUUCAGCCGGUAGCUUCCACAACUUCUACUUCUACAUCUACUGAGUAUUUGCAGACAACCUCUUCCAAAACAUCUCCUAGUCCGACAUCUACAGUUUCUUCACAGCCGGUCACUUCUACAACCUCUACUAGUUCUACAUCUACUGCUUAUUUGCCGACAACCUCUUCCACAACGUUUACUAGUCCCACAUCUACAGUUUCUUCACAGCCGGUAGCUUCCACAACUUCUAUUUCUACAUCUACUGUUUCUUCACAGCCGGUCACUUCUACAACAUCUACCAGUUUCACUACUUCAGUUUCUCUACAGCCGGUCAAUUUCACAACAUCUACAGUUUAUGUAACGCCGGUCACUUCCACAACUUCUACAAAUUCUACAUCUACAGUUUCUUCACAGCCGGUCACUUCUACAACAUCUACCAGUUCCACUACUUCAGUUUCUUUACAGUCGGUCACUUCCACAACUUCUAGUUCCACAUCUACAGUUUAUUUACAGCCGGUCACUUCUACAACAUCUACUAGUUCCACUACUUCAGUUUCUCCACAGCCGGUCAAUUUCACACCAUCUAGAGUUUAUGUAACGCCGGUCACUUCCACAACUUCUACAAAUUCUAUAUCUACAGUUUCUUUACAGUCGGUCACUUCCACAACUUCUAGUUCUAAAUCUACUGAUUAUUUGCAGACAACCUCUUCCACAACAUCUACUAGUCCCACAUCUACAGUUUCUUCACAGCCGGUCACUUCUACAACAUCUACCAGUUCCACUACUUCAGUUUCUCUAGAGCCGGUCAAUUUCACAUCUACAGUUUAUGUAACGCCGGUCACUUCCACAACUUCUACAAAUUCUAUAUCUACAGUUUCUUUACAGUCGGUCACUUCCACAACUUCUAGUUCUAAAUCUACUGAUUAUUUGCAGACAACCUCUUCCACAACAUCUACUAGUCCCACAUCUACAGUUUCUUCACAGCCGGUCACUUCUACAACAUCUACCAGUUCCACUACUUCAGUUUCUUCACAGCCGGUCACUUCUACAACAUCUACCAGUUCCACUACUUCAGAGCCGGUCAAUUUCACAUCUACAGUUUAUGUAACGCCGGUCACUUCCACAACUUCUACAAAUUCUAUAUCUACAGUUUCUUUACAGUCGGUCACUUCCACAACUUCUAGUUCUACAUCUACUGAUUAUUUGCCAACAACCUCUUCCACAACAUCUACUAGUCCCACAUCUACAGUUUCUUUACAGCCGGUCACUUCUACAACUUCUAGCUCUACAUCUACUGUUCCAUUACACAUGGUCACUUCCACAACAUCGACUACUCCCACUACUACAGGUCCUUUAGCGCCAAUCACUUCCACAGCAUCUACCAGUCAUAAUUCUUCAGGUCUGAUUGCCACACUGGAUGAAUGCAGGAGUCAGACCCUCGGACAAUGUGUAGAUAAUCUUCUUGACCGGAUAGAAAACAUUACAGAUGAAGUGCUCCCUUUGAACGAUGUGAAAAAAAUUUGGAAUAUGGUCCUCAACGCAUCAGAGAAGGUUUUAGCGCCAUCAUCAGCUGACCCAAAUAAACUGGUGUCAGACGGAAACCGUGUGUUACAAGCCAGCGAGAAGCUGGUGUCCAUGUUGGUGAAGCCGACAGACACAUAUGACAAUGUCAGUUUUACUCUUGACUCUGUGGAGGUACAAAUCUUCAUGGUUGGACCAAACGCAACCUUAGAUAAAAUCCCUCGACUUAACACAACAAAUUCUUUUGUGGACAUUGAUCUCAUUGGGAUUGCCAAGAACAACAAUGGAUCAGCUGCUGUGGCUUUCAUGAGUUAUACCACAUUGGAGAAUCUACUGAAGCCAGACUUCUUCAACACGUCAAAUGACACGAAGAAAACCAUGAUGUCCACUGUGAUCUCAGCUACUCUUCUCAAAAUCACCAACACUAAACUCACCAAACCAGUCAACUUCACCCUCAAACACAUCAGAGAGUUUGACCCCAGCGGUUCCCUGUCCUGUGUGUACUGGAAUAUCAGCGAGUGGAUUGUAGACGGUUGUUCUGUUUUAGAGACCAAUAGCAGCUACACUGUGUGUUCGUGUGUUCAUCUGUCCACAUUCGCUCUCAUCAUGCAAACCAGCCGCCCAUCAGAGAGCGACUCACUGAUGGACCUGUUGAAUUUGGUGUGUGUGACCGUGGGGUUGGUGUUCUUCAGUUUGGCCCUGUUGACCUUUGCCCUUUGUCAGUGGAGUCCUGGAGUGAAUAAUGUGGCUCGAAUCAACAUCUGCAUCAGUCUUCUGUUGGCUCACCUUCUGUUCCUGCUCACACAACAGUUCCUGAGACUCAUACGCCCUCAUCAGGUGUUGUGUGCCGUGAUAUCAGGAGUGCUGCACUUCCUCUUUCUCUCUGGCUUUGUGUGGAUGUUCAUUGAAGCUGUGCUGCUCUUCAUCUGUGUGAAGAACCUAUCACAGAUCAGCUCCACUAAUAGGAAGGCGCUUAGCAAUGAAUUCCUGUGUGUGAUUGGAUAUACGGUUCCUCUGUUUGUGGUGGCCAUGCUUGCUGUGGUGAAUCCUAAAUCCCAUGGAAGUGAAAUAUGCUGGAUUAAAAUUGAUGAAGGUUUCAUCUGGAGUUUUCUAGGACCAGUUUGCAUGAUAAUAUCAUCAAACACAAUUCUCUUCAUCAAGAUCAUCAUCAAUCUGAACUCAACUCUCAAAAAUCGGAACACUGAAGUUUCACAGAUGAAACAAACCAAGAUUAUGGCAUUUAAAACAGUGGCUCAGUUUGUGGUUCUUGGUUGCUCCUGGAUUCUGGGUUUCUUCACUAGUGACAGGAAGGAGCUGGAGAUCCUCUUCCUGAUCUUGAACUCCCAGCAGGGAACCUUCAUCUUCCUGGUCUAUUGUGUCCUCAAUAAUGAGGUCAGACAGCAGUACAGGAACUGCUUCAGACGUAUUUGCAGUGCACUUAAACAACGCUGAGGACUACAGCUAAAACUUCAAUAUUUUACAAAUAAAUGAUGGUAAAUAACAAAUGAAUUUACAUUGUAUAGAAUCAGUUAUUUAGUCGAGUUAAAUUAUAUUUUUGUUUGUUAAACUAAGAAAGAUCACUGAUUUGGGGAAUAUGUAUACAAUAAUUCAUAAUUGAUAAUUAAUAAUUAUUCAUACAAAUUUUAACCAGAUAAACGUUACAUUUAUUAAAUCUCCCGAAAAGGGAUGAAAUGUUCCCUGCAUCUGCAUUCAUGUACCUAGACAAUUAACCACAAAGGAUUAUUAUUAAUUGUAU